UGACUUUGCAUUUCCGGGAGGAGAACUGUUUGUAAACAAAACAGUUCUCUCCCCUGUCAGCUCCUGCACACUGCUUUGUAUGGCUUAUCAUAGCACAGCCAUGCAAAGCAGUGUACUUACAGUGAAGCACAAACACACCACACCAUAGUAAAACGCACACAGCACACAGUUAACCCUUUGAUUGCCCCAGAUGUUAACCCCUUUCUGCUCAGUGCCAUUAGUACAAUGUCAGUGCUUUUUAUUAGUACUUAUCACUGUAUUGGUGUCACUGGGGAUGUCAGUGACACCAAGUCAGUUUCCCCCCAGUCUCAGAAUGCUGCCGCAAUCCUGC